AUGGCCACUGACAACCCGGCCGAGAUCGAUCGCUUCUGCACGCUUCCACAGGAGCUACGCUUCAAGAUUCUAUACCAACUCGAUCUACAAAGUCUUCUCAGAUGCGAGAAGUACAAGAUCAAGCUCGCGCAGGCCGGUAUGGUCGAUGGUCAAAGUUCUUCCAUGGACCAUCCCCUCGCUCAGCGCCUCCGGAACCUGGAGGAAUACUUGCGGCGAAGGCUGACUCCGAGACCCUGGGAGGACACAUCAGCAACCCCGCCGCCUUGGAGGUUCAAUGCGUCCACAGUGCGAAAGCUUCCUGUGACAGGCGGCAUCAUUCCGUACCUCCAGGAUGGCGACUUGAUCCUGUGGCAGCCGGGCUCACCGUUGAGGGGUGUAGAAGACAUAAAGAUAGUGCUCAACAGUGCUAUCUUGAAGGCGAACAUGAUAGCGCUGCUCUCAAUCAGCGGAUGCGUCGUCGAUGCGUCCCAGGACCUGCUGGCGGUGACUACCGAUCAAUGCCACCUAUUUUCGUUAACACGUACCGGAGCUGCACACCCCCUGGCCCCAAUACCCAUCCUACACUCCGCGGUCGCGUUUGCCGGAUCCUUGUACCCGACCCGCGUCGGGUUCUCCGCCUACUUGGAAGUCUGUGGAGACAUACUUCUAUGGCAGAGAAAGAUCACCGAAUCGACUAUACAAGUAUGGAACUGGAAGACGGGACAAUUAAUCUGGGGAUACCACCUCCUGCCCGACAACCCUCGGCCCCUUACCAUUCAAGCGUUUCUGAUGGGAUACCAAAACUCGCUCAUUAUCGUGCAGGACGACUCGAUCUGCGUCGUCCGCAUGGACCCGAACGUCGUCAAUUUUGAGCCCGGCAAUCUGCAGCCUUCCGUGGCGGACAUCAACGCAGAGGCGUGCCUUCGGCUGAUGUUCUAUCCGUCUCCGCGGUGGCCUCCUUUCUGGUCGUUUAACCUUAGUGUCGACUACGAAGCUCAUAUGCACCGACCAUCGUACCCUCUUGGACGUCGACCUCUCUUCGAGGUGGACCCGGCAUUGACAGUGCUAACGAUCAGGCGGCGGAGUGGGACUGCGCCGUCCGGCGGGGACUCUCAGAUCCUGAUCGUCCCGGUCUCAACUAUAUCGUCCUUUAUGCCCGCUCCUUCUGCACAUGUGGCCCCUUCAUCGUCUUCGAACAAGCACGUUCCUGCCAUAAUUCCCUUCGAUGACUGGGCGAAGCGUGGUGAUACCGUAACCGUUCCAGCCCCCGGACGCACCCUCUGUCUCGGUGCGCUUGGGUCGCAGUGCGGUUUCGUCGGUCAUGUUAGAAAGAAGGGCUAUGAGGGCUUCUCUAUGUUAUUGGUAGAUGCACAUCCUGGCGCACGGUAUGACCCGCACGAGGAAUUCCACUUGGCGCCGGUCGAAACCGACUCGUCUCGUCCGGCUGGGGCGACACUGGCUGUUUCCUAUUCGGUCAACCGUGGCAACGCUACCGCACUUCCGUACAAAAGGACCCUCGUGGAGAUGCCAGUGUACAGCGGGUACGACAGCGUCGUUUCUCUUGACCUGUUCCCCGAUCAAUGUGUGUUCCGAUUCAAGGAAAUGUUUUCACAAGACACAUGGGCGUUCUACCUUUGA